AGUUUUUACGGUUUCCCGCGUGGGCGUCAUCGUUGCCGAAGGUCGCUGCCGCAGCUUUUGGAAGGCCGAGUUACGUAGAAUCGCAGGAAUCCAGGCGCCAAGACCGAUUUCGUGAUGUCCAACGGGUUGCUUUCCGAAAGGCAGCGCCUGUGCCGGUUGUGUCUCACCAACCAGGGCGAGAUGUUCCCGAUUUUUGGCGGCGAAAUACCCGAUUUGGCCGAGAAGAUUUACGACUGCACUACGGUAGAGGUCUACAACAUUGACGGUCUUCCGGCCCUAAUUUGUCAGCAGUGCCAGGCAAAGAUCGUCAUUUGCAACAGUUUCUUGCGGAGUUGUCAGAAAGUGGACCGACUGUUUGGACCAAAGUUCCGGCAGCACGAGCAGCCAAAGGUCCCCGGCAAGGUUGUGGCCAACGGAGCCGUUGUUCCGGCCAAGAGUCCCGUCUUGGAUCGCUUGAAAAAUGAUGACAAACUUCGGCGCCAAUCGGUCAACGAAGACCGGAAGGAUGACAUCAAACGCGUGAUCAAGAAACGCCUGUCGGAGGAAUCACACGUGGCCAACACUUCGAUGGAGCUGUUGGCGGUCAAAAUUGAACAAUCGAUCAAGAACGAGCUUGACCAGCAGAUCGAGGUGGACGGGAGGCAGAAGUGCUCCAAGUGUGGGCUCUUGGUGCAUAAUCUCCGCCAGCACAAGCAACUUCACGCGACGGUUGGCAAGCACGUUUGUGGAAUCUGUAACAAGACGUUCCCGAAGCGAUUUCUGCUGAAAUAUCACGCCAACUCGCACACGGGAGAGAAGCCCUACGAGUGCACGGAGUGUGGCCAACGAUUUUCCUCCCCGACAAAUCUCUACAGGCACAAGCAAAUUCACAGCGGUUCCGGCACCUAUCACCGCAGCGAGGAGGACCAGCGGUUCCACUGCAACGUUUGCCACUGCGUGUUCAAGCACCGGAAUCUGAUUUUUUCACACAUGCGCGCCAUCCAUCGCGAGCGGAAGUUCCCGUGCGACACCUGCGGAAAAGCGUACUUCACGCGCGAGUACUUGAAUAAGCACUUGAGAUUGGUUCACCGUUCUUCGGAUAAGUAGAGAUUACGACCGCUUUGCAAGAAUUUGUCAAACUUACCGCAAUUCUAGAUAAGCGACGCGACUGAAAUAUCAAAUGAAUUCUCUGUUUAUAUCUUAA